CUUUUCUCACUCGCCGGCCCGAGACCUCUCCCCUUCCUACCCUGCAUCGACUGCAGCUGGUCUGCGGCAGGUGGUGCCCAACGCGGGGCAGGAGAAGGAUUUAGAGGAACAAGCAGCUCGAUAUCACGAUCCUGAUUGGCCACCUUUGCAGCCCACAGCUUUGUGCAGCCCUAAAAAAUCUAAAGUUCUGCCCCGCUCCUUUAGCCCGGAGCUCGCCUCAGCCCCGCCUGCGCUGGCGACUGCUGCUUGUGACCUCAUUCAGGUGUGACGAUGUCGCUCAGAGCCGUCUUUGAACUACAAGGGAGUUUGAUCUUUCCGGGGGCAGGAAGGGCACGCAACUUGUCAUCAACCAUCGACUGGUGAAGAGGAGGCGGGCAGACUUGACACGGAAGUGACGCCACAAACUAGCGCCAAGGAAAAGGUGAGUGUGGUGUCAGUGAAGGCCAUGGCCCCUCGACGCCUCCUGUUGGUUGGGGAGGGGAAUUUCUCCUUCGCUGCCGCUCUGAGAGAGACCAUGGAUCCGCGCUCUAGCCUAACCGCCACCUGCCUCCAACACCUAGCUGAUUUAGCCCGGGAUCCAGUGGCUUGGGAGAAUCUGCAGCGCCUGCGCGAAAGAGGUACUGAGAUACGUUUCGGUGUGGACUGCACCCAACUGGCAAAUGCCUUUGAACCACACAACAGGAAAUUUGAUAGAAUUUAUUUUAAUUUUCCUCACUGUGGACGCAAAGCUGGAGUAGCUAAGAACAGGGAACUGCUUGCCAAGUUUUUCCAGAGCUGUGCAUAUGUUCUUGCAGAGGAAGGAGAAGUUCAUGUGGCAUUGUGUAGAGGACAAGGUGGUACUCCUGCAGAUAAACCCCAGAGAGAAUGGCACAACAGUUGGCAAGUGGUUGCCAUGGCAGCUCUGGGGGGUUUCAUUUUAAGUGAUGUGCUUCCCUUCAGCUGUGAUGCUGUGCCAGGGUACAAGUGCACUGGAUAUAGAAGUCAAGAUAAAUCCUUUCAUGUAGAAGGUGCUCUGAACCAUAUCUUUACCCAGAGCUUACCCUUUGAAGGUUCUCAACCCAGAAUCUUCAGAAUCAAGCUAGGAGACAAGUGGUUUUCCCUUCUAGAACCAGAAGCACUUGCAGGAAAGUUGAACAGGGGUUUCCUGGAAGCAUCUUCAUGCCAUCCUAUCAAAACCAUAAAUGAGAAACUCAUUGCUGAAUUGGGCACAGCUUUCCCUCUGAAAAUGCUGAAGUGUUCCUGGCCCCUGCUGCCACAGGAAAGCACCAGUGUUUUCCCUUCCUGGAACUGUGACAUUCUGUCUGCCUUUUGGAUUAGUCUCUGUGAAGAUAACUUAAAUUCCAAGUCUACGACUGAUGAAAUAACACAAGAAAUUGAGGACUCUCUAGUAUCAUUUUCAGAACUUAGCCUUCCCAAGAGUCCUAGAGGAGAUGGUAAUGAAGAAGCUCCUGAAGGAAUCCAUGGACAAAUCAAGGUCUGCCUUAGAUUUUCUCUUCUAGUUCAUGUUCAGGCUGUCAUUCAAGCACCAGACUUCCUCCCAGGUUCUUUGCACAUCCUCAGUGGACUUGUUUUUCGGAAGUGCCAUAUUUUGCCAUUCACAAUGCCAGCAUUUCAUGAGACUUUAAUUAUCCUUGGGGUUAAUCAGAAUCUGAAGCAUGACUGUCUUUUAUCAUUGCUGGAUCACCUAAAAGGCAUUCUAGAUAGCCUUUUGAUCCAGACACCAUUGGAGGAUGCUAAGAUGAGCAGUUCAGUAGAGUUUGUCCUUCAUCCAAAUGGAAAAGAUUAUAUGAUUCAGGUGAAGUCUCCUAAUUUUGGCCCAGAUUAUGUCAAAGAUCUUAUUAUUGGGGCUGUCAUCACAUCUGCUACAACCAUUACACAUAAGGAUCAAUGUUUUGUGAUUGUAUCUAUAAACUUGGACUUAUUAACUAUGGUUGUUUGGGAUAUCUCUGACUGGAGAAUGUUGUGGACCUUUGAUAACCGUUUCCUGAAAAAUUUUGUCCCUGAGAAAAUAGUACCCUUUAAAAGCUAUUCCCUGUAUCCUCCAUGCUAUGUGCAUGACAUUAGUUUUUGGUUAGAUGAGAAGAAAAGAUUUGAUGAACUAGAGUUUCACACUGUGGCCCGAGCAGUGUCCCAAGACACUAUUACAUCCAUACAGUUACUUGGUCGUUUUCAGGAUCCAAGGACUGGACAGAUCAGCCUAUGCUAUAGACUGACCUACCAGACAUGUGAUAAGGCCCUUACACAGCAACAGGUAGCAUUAAUGCAGUGCCAGUUUAGAAAAGAGAUUCAACAACAGCUACGUGUUACACCACGAUAGUUUAGUAAAUUCAUUUCCACAGUAUGAUCCUUCAUUGUAUUCAGAUGAAAAAGAGUAACUUGCAAUUGGUUGGGUGUCCUCUCUGGACUAUGUUUUGUUUUUAAAUCUUUUUCUCUGUGUGUAUUAGCACUGUUGGUUGAUAAAAGAUAACUGUAACUGUAUCACUCAGAUUUACAGACUGUAAUAUGAUUGGGGAUAUUUGUGGAGUUGUACAGUAUUUUGAUCUUGAAUAAUAGACAAUCCCCACCCCCAAACAAAACAAAACAACAGUUUCCUGUACUUUAGUGCUCUGUUGCUGAAGAGGCAAUAGAACUUAGAUGUCUAAUCAGAUAUAUUUAUAAAUAUAUUUUCUACAUUGUCAGUUCUGGUUCCCUUAACUGUAUUAUCACACUAAACUUAUAAGGUUGGUUUUUGGGAUAAGGCCAACAUUUAUGAGCUUUGCAGGUGUUUUAUAAUUUAUGUUAUUAUUAUCAUGAUGUCACCAUGCCUUUUCUGUAGUUGACUUAUUAAAGUCAUGGAACCAAUAAGUGUCAAAUUUAGGAUUAAUAUUUGGGUUGGACCCUCAAACGGUGGUGAACUUAUGGCAUGUAUUUCGCAGUGAGCUAUUUGUAUCACUGAACGCUCUGAAAGGUUUGCUAUCGCUGCUCUAAAGCCAUGUUCUUCCUGCUACUUUCUGUUACUUUUCCUUCCUUAUUCUUGGUCAGCAGGAAAAGGAUAUAUAUGAUAUAUCCAAACUGCAUGUUUAACCUGAUAAGUAGUGACUGCAUAUGGGAAUUGAGUAAUAGGAUCAAUCUCUUUCAAUACUUGGGAAAUUAUAUUUAGUGUGAAAUCA